UUUUUUUUUACUGUUCUCUCUUUUUUUGGUCAAUGGAAACAACUGCCGUUAGGGUAGCGUUACGAAUCCGUCCUUUGUCAGAAAAGGAGCAAGAAACUACUGGACCUACCGACUGUAUUACUUAUGCCAAAGAUGAACCUCAAAUAUUUCUUGGUUCUGACAGGGCAUUUACUUUUGAUCAUGUUUUCCCUCCACAAACUGACCAAAAUCAACUGUUUACAACAAGCAUCAUACCUCUUUUGGAUUGUUUUUUAGAAGGAAACAAUGCUACUGUAUUGGCUUAUGGUCAAACUGGCUCUGGGAAAACUUAUAGUAUUGGAACUGGUGUAGAACCUCUACCUAACCGUGAUGCUGAAGGAAUCAUCCAACGAUUUGCAAAAAUACUAUUUGAACGAUUAGGGGAAAGGGAAAGCACAACUACUUAUCAAAUAUAUGUAUCAUUUCUGGAACUCUACAAUGAAGAAAUUAUCGAUCUCUUUUGCCAAAACAAGAAGGAUGAUACUGUUCAUCCUGCUGUACGUGAAGAUGGUCAUCGACAAAUAUAUUGGACAGGUGUACGUGAAAUUCAUGUGCAAAGCUCAACUGAAUUAUUAAAUCAUAUCCGAAAAGGUGCAAUGUGCCGUUCUACUGGAUCUACUGAUAUGAAUUCCUCUUCCUCAAGAUCUCAUGCUAUCGUCUCCAUUACUUUGAAACAACAAAUAUGUGAACAAGGUGAUCCAUUGGAUAAUCAACAAGUACCUGUCAAACGAUUGGUAUCCAAAUUUCAUUUUGUCGAUUUAGCAGGAUCAGAACGUCUCAAACGAACCAAUGCCUUGGGUGAAAGACAAAAAGAAAGUAUUUCUAUCAAUACUGGCUUAUUAGCACUUGGAAAUGUUAUUUCGGCUCUUGGUGAUCAUUCAAAAUGCGGAUCUCAUAUUCCUUAUCGUGAUAGCAAAUUGACAAGAUUAAUUCAAGAUAGUCUUGGUGGAAAUAGUCAUACCUUAAUGUUAGCUUGUAUUAGUCCUAGUCCAUCCGAUUAUAUGGAAACUCUCAAUACUCUUAAAUAUGCCAAUCGUGCCAGGAAUAUUCAAAACCGUGUAGAAAUUAACGUGGAUUAUGAAGGUAGCCCUGAAGAAGUCUCUUAUUUACGAAGUCAAAUGAUCAAGUUGAAAAUGCAAUUACUGGAUCUCAAACAUCAACAAAACCAUGGUUCUUAUGGUAUAUCUGACGGUUAUCGUGCGAUGGAAGCGGAAUUAGCUCGGGUCAAAGCUCAUGCCGAUGCUCUAUCAAAGGAUUUGAUCCAAGUACAAGGUGAACGUGAUACCCUACGAUUACAACAAGAACAACAACAAGAAUCCUCGGAUAUUGACAAUCCUGUACAGGUCCAACCUCUAGUUUUAAAUUAUCUGCAACAUAUACAAGAUCUCAAAUUUGAAUUACUUGAAGCAAAUAAUCGUCUGGUUCAUCUGGAAACUCAGCAACGUUAUCACAUCGGUCAACAUCCGUCGGUAACAACUUCUUCCAAAAGUUACUCCAAUCGUAAAUAUGUUUUUGAUCAUGAACCUUCAAUUUCAAUGGCUGUCCCCGGUCGGUUUGGUAGUAAUAGUCCAACACAUCGACGGCAAAAAACAACUUUGGAUAAAAAUAUGCGAAUGGGUUCUGUCUCCACUGGUGGCGCACAUACUGGUACAAGACGAACAGUUAAACAAAGAAAACAUUCUUUACCUAUUGGACACAGAAUGAAAUCAGUACGGAAACAUACAACAGUAAUGAACGAAUCGACUUUACCCGAUCUGGAUGAACUAUGGCAUUUUUUGGAUAGUGACACCAAUGAUGGCGACAGCAGUACAACGGAAAUGGGAAAUCAUCAUCAAGAUUUUAUUCUCAAGGUGGAUAACAACAAAAAUAACAAUGAUAUGUACACGUCUCAGCAAAAGAUAGCAGAUGAAACACAACAGCAGCAGCAGCAGCAGCAACAAAAAAAACAACUACAACAACAUGAUAAAAAAAUCAACAGUGACGUUCCUUUAUUCGCCUCUUAUUCCUCAAGUAUUGAUUUUAUGAAUACUUCGUUAUCGCCGCCUUCCUCUUCCAAACUGGAUGCUCUUACUGGUAUUUCUAUUUCUCCUUCCUCUCCAUCCACAUUACCAGAUUCGCCUAUUAGUGGGAACACAAUAUGUCAUGACUUGGCGUCACCUAUUGAUGACAAUGACAAUAACAACAACAAUGAAGACGAAAUACAAGCCUUGUCAGUACCUGCUUGGGCCGACGAACCGAAAGCUCAAUCUAUGACCGACUCAACCAAACGAGAGUCAUUAUCAUGGACCGACUCUUUCCUCGAUGAUUCCGAUAAUUCUAUUGCAACCUCACGUCUCUCUUCAACCUAUUGGACUCUAGCCAACAAUGGAAAAAGAAAUUUGGGUCGACGACGAAAUAAAGAUUUACUAAAAAUGCUACACCAGGUACAAGCAGAUCUUUUGGUGAAACAAGAAUUAGUUGGCCAACUAGAAAAAUCGGAAGAUGAAUAUACUCAAAUGCGCAUCAAUUAUGAAGCUCAACUUAAACUCCUACAAACACAUCUUGUCGACAUGCGAUAUCAACGGGAUUAUGCCAUUGGAGAUAUUGAAAUCAACAAUAGAGAUAUUGCAACUAAACUUCAACAACUGAACAAGGAUCAGCAACCAGCAGCCAUCAGUUUGGAAAGUAAACCUCAAUGUCAACAAAGGCCGCAUACUGCCGCAUCACCCUCACCAUCACCACCACCACCACCACCACCAAAGGGGUUACAAAGGCGACAACAAACUGAUGCCAUAUCACGUCAGAUCAAGGAAAUCAGAUUACAAUAUGAAGGCAAAUUGAAAAGGCUCACAACUGAAAAUCAAGAAUGGAAACGUAAAUAUACCCAAUCGACCAACAGUAUGGCUCUAGCUCGUACCAAAGCAGAACAAGUGGUCACUAAAUUGCGCAACACCAUAGAUCAAAUGAAAGCAGAUAAAAAACAACUCCAACGCACCAUGAAACAAGACAAUGAUAGAUUACGCGAACAAUUAGCCAUUGCGGAACAAGAUAUUGUUCAACUCAAGCGAAAGGAAAGUCUUUAUAUGGAAGCACGAAAGAAAUGGGAUGAUACCAAUGAACAACAACAAGCACUUUUGAAAAAGAGAAAUGAUCAUACUUUGCAAGUGAAUCAACAAAUGCGACAUUUGACACUUGUUUUACGAAAAGCGGCUACAGAAGGUACUUUUUUGAAUGAAGUGACUUUGGAACGUUUAUUAUCACAUGCAGCUAGUCAGCAACAAUCACCAUGGUUACCUAACAAGAUAUCUUCUCGACCUUCUUCUACAGCAAAUUGAACAAUUAUUAUGAUACCACAAUCAAUCAACUCAAUUCAUAUGCUUAACAUGCCAACAAAUCAUACAUACAGAAGAAGAAGAAAAAAAUACUCGUCAUUAUACAAGUAGAUUGAAUUUGGAUUAUUUACCCUUAUCCGUCACACGUACAUACACACACACACACACAUACGCAUAUAUAAAUCUUCUACUAUUAUAUCAUUGAUACCUGUACAGUUUCAUUUUUACUGCCAUCUAUGACAUCUUUUAUUCUUAGUUUGAUACCAUUUUUAUUUCCUUUUUUUUUUUAUUUAUUUUUACAUAUCUCACGCACCAUGAUACCAUCAUUAUAUUUCCCCCCUUUCUUUUUUUUUUUUUUU